CCCCUUUGCGCGGCUUGCCCUGCGGACGGCAUUCGGUCUAUUCCACCCCUCAGUCAGCCGUGUGUGUUUGAGAAGGAGCUCAAUGGCUACAGUUGGCAUCGACGACACUUUGACACCCGGUGAUGCGAGGAAAGUAAUGGGGAAACUGCUGGAGGCAAUGAACGACGCCCACUCGUUGGGUCUAGCACUGAAUCUCCAGCCCUACGAGGUGGAUGCCAUCUGUAACGGGCACCGUUCUCCGAAGGACCAACUCUACGACGUCAUUAUGGCCUCUUUGAGUAGAGAGAGCCCCACGCCGACGUGGAGGCUCUUUAUAGAAGCUCUCAGGGAUCCUUUGGUUGGAAAAUCAGGGCUAGCAGGGAGAGUGGAAGCAACUAAUUUCCCACAUUCUUCCUCAAAUCACAUUGCUGGACCUAAGACUCCUGGUAAUGUGACCAUUAGGUAGAGCUCCUCUCAUCUCGAGUGCUCCUUUCUCCAUGGUACGGCGUUUGCAGGCAAUACUGCUGGUGAUGACGAAGUCAUCUCAAAGCCACCCUCACAACUAAACCCUAAACAGGGCCAGAGUGAACCUGGUGUGAUCAAGGAAGACUAUGGGCAAGUUGCAACAGGUACAACCUUUGCUGAUAGCCCAGGUCUAGCCAUUCUGGUAGCCUGUGACUACGAGGGAAAUGACACCAAGGAGACACUGCUGGGAACCAGAGAAGACGCCAGAGAAAUGAGAGAAACUUUCAACCGACUCGGCUACUUAAUCCGCGAAAUGCAGAAUCCAACCAAGGAGGAAAUGAAAAGGCUACUAAAGGAAAUAUCCGAUGAGCUAAGGGGGUACAACGUACCGAAACAGGCUGAAGGAGAAAAAGUCAUCGUGUUUGCCUUUUCCGGCCACGGGGACACAGUGGAUCGAGCUGAAAAACUCUAUGCCAAUGACGGUGGCAUAAUCGACUUCAUGGACGAGAUUGUUUUUCCUCUCACAAGGCACGCGGGUGUCAAAUACGUUCCAAAACUGUUCUUCAUCGACGCUUGUCGCGGGGGUGAGAUACUCUUUACAAAGAAGGGCGGAAAUAAAAACCAGGUUGCAAAAUCUUCAGAUGAGGUAUAUUUCGCAAAAGGCGUGCAACAUGUUGAAGGUAACUACUGCGUUGCCUAUGCCACCAUUCCCCAUCAUGUCUCGUAUGCAAGUAAUCGCGGUAGCAUAUGGAUGCCCAAGCUUGCCCGAGCCCUGCGGGAGAUGAACGACUCAUUCCAGAAUGUUGCUGCAACCGUCAUGAAAGAAGUGCAAGACAGUCUAAAAGAUAAUGCGCAACAAUGUCAGAUAGUCAGCCAUCUUAACUGUGGUCCACUCAUGCUCAGGAGGGUGCCAACACGUAACUGAUACCUUUAGUUAUCACUUUUUGUUUUGGUUCUGUACCAUAAAAAUUUUUUCAAGACUUGUAUAUACUUUUAUCCCUUACUUUUAACAAACGUACCACAU